CAACUUUCACACGCGUCUUUGCAUUCAAAGCUCUCAAACCCUUUCUUCCUCUUCAUUGUCACUCUCAAGAAAACCAAAGAUGAUUUCAAACCCUAACCCUAACCCUAACCCUAAUAUAAAAAUCUAACCUUUUCCCCAAUAUUCUCUUGACCGUUGUUGUUCUCUGCUUUGCUUUAUUCUCUGUGAAACCCAUCUUGCUUUUCAUACAUCUUUGUCUAUCUUUUUGCUGCUUUUGUUCUAGCUUUGUGCAAUGGCAGUGAAGAAAGGAGAGGAAGGAGGAGAAGGUGAGGGAGAAGUGGGAGAGAGUGGUGUUGUGAUGGUAGUAGCAAGUUCUGUUGAGGAGGAGAAGGAGAAGGAACAGGAGGUUGGCCAUCCUUUUGAUUUCCAUGUUUGUGGACCUCGCAACAUAUCUGCUCCUAAUUGGAAGGAUCUCAUUCGCUCUAGCUGGAGAGAUGCUAGGUACAAAAGGAUGGUGAUAGCAUGCUUCAUUCAAGCAGUUUACUUGUUAGAACUAGACCGGCAAGACGAAAGAACAGAAGACAAUGGCCUUGCUCCAAAAUGGUGGAAACCCUUCAAAUACAAGCUUGCAAAAGCUCUAGUAGAUGAAAGAGAUGGAUCCAUUUACGGCGCAAUCCUAGAAUGGGACAGAUCUGCAGCCCUUUCUGACUUCAUACUCAUGAGACCAAGUGGCGCUCCCCGUGCCGUCUUAGCACUUCGAGGAACAUUACUAAAGAGCCCAACAAUUAGAAGAGAUUUGCAGGAUGAUCUUAGAUUUCUAGCUUGGGAAAGCCUCAAAGGAUCAGUGAGGUUUAAUGGAGCAUUGGAAGCACUGAAAUCAGUUGUCGAUAAGUAUGGUAGCAGCAAUGUAUGUGUAGCUGGUCAUUCAUUGGGAGCAGGAUUUGCACUCCAAGUAGGCAAAGCAUUGGCCAAACAGGGAGUGUUUGUGGAGUCUCAUUUAUUCAAUCCACCCUCUGUUUCAUUGGCAAUGAGUAUGAGAAUCAUCGGUGAAAAGGCGGCAUAUUUCUGGAAGAGAAUUAAAGCAGCAUUGCCAUCAAAUGCCGAUGUUCUGAUCGAAGGUAAAGAAGAGAAGGCUUCUCCCUUUAGUGAUGAAGCCAAGAAAUGGGUGCCGCAUUUGUAUGUGAAUAACAGCGACUACAUUUGUUGUUAUUACACUGAUCGUACUGGAGAAGCAGGGCCCGGAGAUUCAGCUAUAGAUAACGGAAGGGAGAACAGUGGCGCUGGAGAUGUCGCCGCAAAGCUGUUUGUGAUGUCUAAGGGACCUCAGAAGUUCCUUGAAGCUCAUGGAUUGCAGCAAUGGUGGUCUGAUGAUAUGGAACUUCAACUGGCUUUAAAUCAUAGCAAGCUUAUUAACAGACAAUUGAGGUCAUUGUACAACACUCCACCUCCUCAACUUUUGGUGAAGUCAUGAGGAUUGGAUUCUUUUCUUGCAUUGCUUUGGUAUCAUGUUAAAUUUUACUUCUUUUUCAUUAUGAUUCAAGGAAUUCUGCAGUUUUGAUCA